AUGGAUUCGACUGGACUGUCUGCCUCGGAGAAAAUUACCCUCUUCAGUGCGUGGGGCUUAAUUCGCAAGGAUUUAGACGUGCAUGGGCGAAAUAUGCUGCUGCUAUUGUUUCACAAGUAUCCACACUACGUUUCGUACUUCGAUUUUACCGACGAUCCGACCGCCCAAUCGCUCGUGGACAAUAAAUCUCUUUUCGCCCAAUCGAUACACGUCAUCAAAGCGUUCGGAUCGCUCAUCGAGUAUGGUCUCAAGGAUCCGGCCCUGUUUAAUGAGACGCUGAAAAAGAUUACGCGCCAGCACGAGCAACGCAAUGUCUACUCCAAGGAUGUUCUAAUCAUCGGAGAAGUUUUGCUGGACUAUAUCGCCCAGGUGCUCGGACGUCAAGUGUCCGAUUCGUUGCCCGAUGCUUUCCGGAAGCUGUUUGCAACUAUCGCUAGCAGGUUCCCUCCAAUACCGGACAUCGAUGAUGACGUAAAUGAUGCGAACGUUACGAAAACUUAA